UAUUUUAUUUUACUGUUUUUCUACGUAUGAUUCCUUCCUUCGAGCUCCGGUAUAUAUCGUCUCCCAUUUGAUUUACGAUAUAGCCAGGAGGAUGGGCGAUUCUACGGGCUGAGAGAGACCAGUGACAUUAUCCCUUACCCGUGUGAAUACAUUCCGCAUUUAACAUCCGGCACGAAUCCUUCGCGAUGCAUCAGAAUUGUCUUCUCUAGAUAAAAAGGAGAGAAAAUGAAGGGAGCAUGACGAGACGAUUUCGAGCUGCUGGUUUGAUGCCCAAUAAAAAAAAUGGAAAAAGAAAUUCAACGAAAGGAACUGAAAAGAGAAGAAAAGAAUCAGAUUCGAAAAGAGACACUCCUACGCAUUGUGGUGGAAGAAGAGGUGUUACUUGUCAAGCCGACGGGGCCCCCGAGGCAAUGACAGGGCCCCGUAGGAAUUAGCAUGGGAUAAUGGGAACAGUCAUUCUCGAUUCAAUACCAUUGACCCGAGAAAUACCUCUGAGUCACAGACAAAAAUGGUAUUUCACCAGAGAUGACCUUUCUCGAGAUACAACUGAUGUCACAUCAUUCAAGCAACGAAUCAGAGUGACUGACGACACAAGUUGGACAGAGAGAGUGACACCUGACGACUUAGGUAACGCCUCCUCGACACCUGGGCAACUUGUUGGAGGUCUUUUUGCCGAACUGACUUUUCAACGGAUCGCAGUGUCUACCAGCGACCAAAUAUUUGCCUCUUCCUCGCACCUCAGCAAUCCUUGCGGUGUGCAAUUAUUAUUCACUGGAUCGAGUCAGGUGGAGUCAAGGAUGCGGUGCUGUAUCCACAAUUGGCUACCUGAGGAAGAUGUGAAUAGCAGAUUAUUCCCGGACAACCUGGUGACCGACGUCAACAGCUGCGGCGUAAUUUUGUAUAAUGAAAAGUGGACUCGAAAGAUUUCACCGCCGCUACUGAUAUUUCAGGUGAGAGUAGAUAAAUUGUUGGUCGCUGAUCACAUUUUCACAAAAAAUUAUUUAUCAGUCAUUAGUGCAUUUUAUCAGACUUUCUCUUCGUUACAAAUCAUAACUGACAUAGAGAACCCGCUCCUUGCAACGAUUUGCUUCCGGCGAAUGUUCAAAUGUCCGUAUAAAAAUAUGCACAUACCACCACCAACACCACCCAGCAAAUUUCUGAACUUUACGCUAGAAAAUACGCCUCAGGAAUUAUUUCCCCGCCCCUCACAUUCAUAAGUGUCUGGAGAUCGUGUAGGAAUUCCGUCAAUUUCAUCUUCAAUAAAAAACUAGUGGUAGCCACAUAACAGUGAUUCCAUAGCGAUUAGAUUGAAAUUCCCCAAUUCCAAUCCCGUAAAAAAAACCUAAAAAGAAUGUAUAAAAUCUCUAUAGAGAAUCGAGUCAUUCCGCGUCGUUGGGGAAUUCCGACGGCUGUGGUAGAUAAGAAAAAGAUCAGUCGUUUGGUUAAACCAGCAUCAGUAGUAUCCCUAUCAGAUUUGGGUAGCUUGGAAUUUUGACUGUUGACAAUUUCAUCUCACCUACCCAAGCUCAAAUCAAACUAUCACGAGACUUAAUUGCCCCUGAAUAUUAAGAACUGCCCAUAAAAAAAAACUGAAUGAGGAAAUCUUCGGGUCGAAGCCCACGGGGUCAUUAAAAAAAAAAGAAUAAGAAAAAUAUUCAAGGAACUCUCCGAAGUACACGUAGGCGUUUCCAUUAGCUCCUCUUAAAAAUGCGAAACCCAUCGGAGGAGCGGUGGAAAAAAAAAAUGAAUCCAAAUGGCCCAUUUCACCCACAGACAUCCGACAAAUCGCCAACCCCACGAGAUCAGAAAGGUAUCAGCGGUGAUGCGAGAAGAAGGUACGAAGAGCAUGUUCAAAGGAGAUCUCCCUCUCCCACCCUAAAUUCUCC